GAAUUGGCCAUCGAACUCGACAACCAAGAUGGCUUGAAAUCCUUACGUCAAGAAUAUCAAUUGCCAUUGAUGAAAGAUGUAGUGGAGGGAAAUGAGAAAGAUGAACAAGCAACUUCGUUGUACAUGUGUGGAAAUAGCUUGGGACCCCUCUCAAAACGUUCAAAGAAGUAUGUCGAACAAGAAUUGCAGGUUUGGGGACGAAAAGCCGUUCUUGGUCAUUGGGAUCAUCCUUUUGGUCGUCCUUGGACACAAUGCGAAGAGAGAGUAUCACAUCUGAUGAGCGAUAUCAUUGGCGCAAAACCGAAUGAAGUGGUAGCAAUGGGAACACUGUCCAGCAAUCUACAUAUCAUGUUGGCAACAUUUUACAGACCAAAUGCGCUCCCUCAACUUGUGCUUCCCAACAGUGCUGGCAACAAGCCGGUAAGACACAAGAUCAUCUAUGAAGCACUCGCAUUCCCUUCUGAUCAAUAUGCUUUAGCAAGCGCUGUAACAUUGGCAGGAUUCGACCCCAAGACAAGCUUGAUUGCAUUGGAAGGCAAGAAAGAUCGCACACUAGAAACACAAGACAUUCUCGCAACUAUCGAUCGCGAAGCAGAUACGGGAGAAUUGGCAAUGAUUUUAUUGGGUGAUGUACAAUAUCAAACAGGUCAGAUGUUCGAUAUGGAAAAGAUUACAAAACAUGCUCGUUCUCGUGGUAUUAUUGUCGGUUGGGAUCUAGCACAUGCGUUCGCAAACGUCCCUUUGGCAAUGCAUGAUUGGGAUGCCGACUUUGCCGUUUGGUGUACGUACAAGUAUGGUUCGUCUGGUCCAGGAGGAAUGGCAGGUUUGUUUGUGCAUGAACGUUGGGGAAAUAACAGCAAUGCACCAGGGGCCAGUGGAUUGCCCAGACCGGCAGCAUGGUGGGGACAAAAGAAGGCCAGUCGAUUUUCCAUGCCAGAUUCCUUUGAUGCAAUCCAAGGCGCAUCCGGAUGGCAACAGUCCAACCCUUCAGCUUUGGAUAUGGCUGCUCUGCUUGGCUCUCUUGAAACGAUGGCAUUGGCACCCGCUUUAGGAUCCGGUCAUAUCAUGCCGGCAUUGCGUCAAAAGAGUCAACGACUGACAGCAUACCUGGAACAUCUACUCUUGACCCCAGGGUUCUUGCCUGCUGAAGCGAAUAUCUCCAUCGUCACACCGAAAGAAGGUCGAUUCCGAGGAAGUCAGCUAUCUUCUGAUGUUCCACCACCAAUCGAUGCCAGCUCAUUCGUUGCUCGUGUUCAUCAUUCCAUCGAGACGCGAUAUGGAGUUGUCUGUGAUGUACGCAAUCCGGACAUUUUACGUUUCGGACCUGUUGCUCAGUAUUCCUCUUUUGAAGAUGUAUGGAGAACAGCCGAUGCAUUGAGAAAGUCGAUCAUGGCACAAUUGUAAGAUCAUAUCAAUGUCAUACUUAAGUAGCUUGCUUUGUUGUUUUUCCUGCUUUUCGCUUCUCUCGUAUCCGUUGUAAGCGGUCCUUUAGUGCUUGAACCCUUUGAUCUGCUUCUUCUUGUGCGCGUUCUUCUUCGUCUAGUCGAGAGAGGAUUUCUUCUUUUGCUUCUCGUUCUGCUUUUUGUCGUGGUCCCUCUAGGUCAUCUUUGCUUUUUGGCUCAGGUUGUGAAACGUCUUCUUUGUUGUUAUUUAGAACAGGUUCAGCUUCGAUUGUUGUUGAUGCAUUUUGCGUAAAAGUCUUUUGCGGCAAGAGUGCUACUGAGUCAAGUACUUCUGCUUGAAAUCGAGCCCAUUCAUCUUCAUCGAUGGCUACCUUUUGCCUUUUGCCUCCUCUGUCAUCAUCGUUAUCACGAUCUUUUUCUUUUGGCGUACUCAUCCUUCUUGAUGGUAU